AUUAAUGUGCAGUAUCAUUAAGCUAAUACUUGAUAGAAUUUCACCUGAAAUAUUUGUUUGUUGGGCUGUUGUUAUUGUCGUUUGAAAAUUCACAUAUGAAAGAGGAUAAUAACGGAGUUGAUGGGUUCCGUGAAAAAUGGAUAGGAACAAUAAUGGACACUUAAAUAUUAAAAACGAUUAGCCUCUGGAAGGUCACAGGUGAAGCGGCCAUUCGGGUGAAUUUUGAACUCCUCCCCUCGUCAUGUAAGUUGGCAGGUAUGGGCAAAUGUAUAAAACUGCUAUGCGACCGUUCAAUCAGCAUCAAUCUCCAGCUUUCAUCGGACUAGUACAGUUCUCUCUACAAUCUCAAUCGUCUUCUGCCUACACCCAACAUGAAGUUCUUCAAGAAUGGGCUUGUGAUGGCGCUGCUGGUAGUUCUUAUCAGUUUGAUGGCCGCCGGAGCUGAAGAAGUGACCACCGAAGAGGGAUCUACGACUACGGAAGGAUCCGUGAAAUCGGAAGGAUCGACGACGACGGAAGAUUCAGUCAACCGAGACAAGCGCUUCAUUUUCUUCAGUAAAAAGGCGGGCGGCGGCGGUGGAGGUGGAGCCAAAUUACCCGGAGAUCCCGGAAAUCCGAUUCCGGUGGUAGGAAUUGUCAGGCGACCGGUCGCAGUCCCUAUUCCGGUGCCUAUGGACUACCCAGCUCCAUCGUAUGCUCCUCCUGCGUACUCGCCUCCAAGCUACGCUCCUCCAGCUUACAGCCCACCUUCAUAUGAAGCUCCUCCUAGUCCCCCUGCUUACAGUCCUCCUGCUUACAUGCAACCUAUGCCACCCAUGCCACCUGCAUACAGUCCUCCUGCAUAUAGCCCUCCUGCUUACAUGCCACCCAUGGCACCUGCAUACAGCCCACCAGCCUAUUCACCACCGUCUCCCCCAGCAUAUUCUCCUCCAGCUCCUCCUAGUUAUCCAGCUCCUCCACCAUCAUAUCCUUAAGAAAAAUAUGUGUCGCUUUUCACCAGCGAAUUCGCAUGCGCAAUCUUUUAAGCUGGCUUAAAAGGUAAAAUGCAAAAUGUCUGUAGUUUUUGGUCAUAACCGAAAUUUGUGGUUUCGUGUGAAUUUCCGGGAAUACAGUCAUCUAUCAAAAUUUAA